AUGAAUUAUCUUAACAUUAUUGAGCAAUCCCAAAUCGACAAAUUAAAGGCUUAACUUGAGAAAAAAGAAUAAACUAUUUCGACUUUGUAAACAAUAAUUGAAUCUCAAAAAGAACAAAUUAAUUAGUAUUAACAUGAGAAAUAAUAAUUAGUUAAAAACAUUCAAUUACAAGUUCAAUAAAAGUUUUAGGAUGAUUUAAAUUUUGAGAAUAUUAUAAGAAAACUCAAAUAGGAUUUAGAAUAGAAAUCUAUAUAAUUCGAAUAAAUGACUAUGAGAUUAAAUUAAAAUGAUCCUGGUUUUCUAUUAAUGAAAUUGAAAAAUGAGGCUGAAGAACCUCAUAGAAUUGAAAUUCUAUAAAAAGAACAAAUAAUUGAUGAAUUAAAACGACAAAUACUGUAAUUGAAAAAUCAAUUGUAAUUACAAGUUGAAAGAAACAAUGCAAUUCAAAUCGCAAAUCAAAAUGAAUUGGCAUAAUUAAAAGAGAAGUAUGAAUCCAAUCUCGGAGUUGAUAAACUGUCAUUAAGAUAAGUAAAGGAACUUAAUUAAUUAAAUGAAAGAGAUCAAUAAUAAAUAUAAGAAUUAUUGAAAGACAAAGAAUAAUAGCAGAAUCAAAUAAUACAAAAAGACAAUACUAUAAAAGAAUUAAGAUUUCAGAAUGAAUAAUUACAUAAAAGCAAAUAAUAAAUUAUUGAAACCUUAACUCAAGAACUAGAAAUAGAGAGAAUCAACAGAAGAAAAUUGUAGUAAGAGAAUGAUGAUUUAGAAUCAGCCUUGAGUAAUAUUAGACUGACAAUGAAGGUGAAUUAUUCAACAAAUGUUAAAAGUGAUGGUACAACUAUCAAAGAUCAAGAAUUUAUUGAUCUCUAAAAUCGAUUGAACGAGUACAUUAGAUUAUUUGAAGAAGAAAAGGAUUAAAAGAAAAAAUUAUCUCAGAAAUUAAAUGAUAUAAUAAUCUAAACAAAAUAAGAAAAGUCUGAUAGUGAUAAAAUAUACGAAAAUAGAAUUAAGGAUCUUUAAGAAUAGAUUAAGGAAGAGAAGGGAAUGAAAUCUAAGUAAUCAAUGAAAAUUAAAGAUUUAUAUGCUGAUAUUGAAGAAAUGAAACAUGAACUAAAUAUUUUGAGAGACAAUUAGGCAAGAAUUGAAGAAAGAGCCAAAGAGGUUGAAGUUAGAGAGAGAAAGGUAAUUGAAAGAGACAUGAAAUUGAAUGAGUUAUAAAGAGAAUUUGAUCUAAAGAAACCACCUGAAGAGUUAAUGUAUGACAAUAAGAAGAUUAAAACAAAAUACAAGUAAGCAAAAAAGAAGUUGAUUGAAGCAAAUUAAAAAAUAGUAGUCUUAUUAACAAAGAUUAAGGAUUAUGAGUAAAAUAAUGAAAAUUCUACUACUACUAAUAAUAAGAAUAAUGUUUUUGAGGGAAAGAGCACUUAUAAUAAGCAAGGAUAUACAAAUACAGAUUAAUAAAGAAAAUAGAUGGAAAGAUAGGUUUUCAAGAAUUAAUCAUAUGAGGGAUAUUAUGAUUUACCUUAAGAUGCAGAUUAUUUGGGCAAUCCUUAUCAAACUGAAUUUUAAAUGGAUAGAAUCUCUUAAAGAUUAAGAGAAGACAUAGUCAAGUAAAAGAAUAGUUUAGAAACUCUUGAACAUAAAUAUAAUAUAUUAAAAUGA